CUCAUUUUUAAAAUGAAAAAAAAAAACAUCAAACCGUCAGGGCUUGAUAUUGCAAUUGAUUUUUUUUGCAAAAUUGUAAAGUUUUUGUUUUUUGAACAAAACGAACAAUUUCGUUUGGAAUGUUAGAUAAUACAUAUAUUUGCCCUCCAUUAACUAUUGUUAGUUUUAAAUAAUCACUUAUGUGUAAAUAUAUCAAACAAUUCGAGCCAUUCGCUUUCGCACAAACUAAAAAAUCGAAGCUGAUGAGUUCGUUCGUACUUCAUUUCGUAUAACAGCUACAGCGUCGUCGGUCGGUCGGUUCGAAAUCAAAGCCUGUGUAGAGUUAAUUGUGUCUAAAAUAAUGUUAUGUUUUUUUAUUUUAAUCUAAAAGAUUUUCAUUGAAAUGAAAAGUGUCUACGUUCGAUGCGUUUAUUUUGUAAAAGUAACUAUAAACUAUUAAUUUUUAUUGUAUUGGCUUUAAAGUGCAAAACUUCUUUUUCAUCAUUGAUAGUAAAAUGCUAUAUCAUUAAAUACUAUAAUAAUGCUGCAAAUAACAAAUGGAGACAGUUCUGAAGUGGAAUUGAAAAACUCUGUUCCGAUCAUAGACAUCCCCGAUCAAAAAGAAGAUGUUUGUGAAAAUGUUUUAGAAGGCAAAAUGAUAAGUACAGAACUAAACGGGACUGCUGAUCCAUGUUCCAAAACUAUUCUUAACUAUGAUGGAAGUGAUAGUGGUUUGGAUAUAGCUACAACUGUAAGUCUACGUUUGCAACGCGCGCUAAGCAGUAAUAGUGGUGAUUACGCUAGCAGUAGCGGUGGGAUAGAUGUUGAGUCAAAUGUCAACGAUAAUUUAUCAUGUGGAUCAAGUAUGAUAAGUUGUACAUCUGACUUAUGCAGCGAACAUAAAACAGUUAGUACAGUUCCUCACCAGAAAGCCAAUUAUGAGUGCUGUAGUGAAAAUGGAAGCGAAAGCUCUUCAGUAGCUGUUGGAUGUAAGAUUCGGAAAACUAAUAAUGUCAAGAAAAAAGUUGGAGUGUUUGACCCAAAUUCCAAUAAAUCAGUUUGGAAGAUGAGCGAUGGAAAUCAACAAAGUACACAACUGAAUAAAAUGAGAUCCCGUGUGAGUAACACAUCACAUACAAAAACAGAGAAUUUUUCUUUGCAAAUACGUGAGCGUGCAAGAUCUCGCGAAAAAGCGGAAAAACCACUUUCAAACUCCUCAAGCAAAAAUGGUACACCUCCAUUCCGUUCGACUCCAGUAAGACGCACACCAAAGCCAGACUCGUUGCCAAGUGCUUUAAAUUCCACAGUUUGCUUACAACGCGGUUCCUAUCGUACUCCCUCAAUGACAAGAGCACGUACACCAGGGACUCCCUCAGAUGAUGGACGCUGGCCUUCAAUUGGAGGUAGAGGUGCAAGCGUUGGUAUAGGUCCAAAACGUGGCACCUCUGUAACACCAGAGUUGGGGUCACUUAAAAUCCGCGGACAAAUAAUGUCUUUUGACUCUAAGUGCUUGAAUUCUAGUGGAAUUUCAUCAAAUACUUUACCUCGUAGAAGAAAACAGAAAUCAGUUGAAGAUUUAAGGGGUCGAGCUUCAAGAAGUAGCUCAAAUUCCAGAGAUAAUGGAAUGGUUUCAUCGAUUACAGUAACGACAAGGAACAAUAUGGGCCCAGCGUUUUUUACACCUAAAACUUUUACUCCCCCAAACAAAGUUACUAAUAGAAAAACGACUUCAAAAACAAGAAUUUAUCAUGAGAUGGGAAUACAAACUGUUAUGAUUGGACACGAUAUUCAAAGAGCAUUCGACGGCAAAACAUGCCGAUGCGUUCAAAUAGAUUCAGCUGAAUUUGCAGAAAAACAAACGCAGUCAGAUAUAAGAGACAUUGAAAUAGAGCGUCUUCGCGGGGAGAUACAAUCGCUUAUAAGUAAACAAUCAGAGUUAUCAAAUAAGUUAGACGAAAAAACAAUAAAAGUUCAAACUAUGGAACAACAAAUAAUUAAGGAAAGAGAAGAAAAAAUUUCAAUUCAAAGAGAAUUAAAUCAAAACACUGAACGUGUGAUCGGUAUGUUAGAAUUUACACGCCAAUCGCAGCCAGAAGAAGGCAGUUGCGACAGCCUUAUGAUGUUAGAAUCUCAAAUACAGAUGUCGGGUCACGAACUAGUGGAAAAACAACAUGAAAUUAUAAAAUUAAGAAAGCUUUGCCGCACCUUACAAGCAGAAAUGGAGCGGGUAUUGGUCUCACAAGAAUGUCUGAUGCAGGAAAAAAUAUGCAUGGAGCGAGAAGCAGUUGAGCUGCAAGACUUCCUUCAGCAUGAAAAAACAGCAAUGUGUGAUGCACUCAACGAAAGUGAGCUUGAAUAUAAGCAUUGCAAAAAAAUGCUCUCCGAAAAAGAAGAAGAGAUCAAGGUCUUACGUGACGAGUGUCGUCAUUUAGUUAGAUUAAAUGAGCAACGAAGGCAAGAAAACAAACUAAUGCAAUCAAAAUAUUCACUUCUUGAGUCAAAAAUCAAAGACCUUAAACUCAAUCAAAAUACAGCAGUAAAUGGGGCAUCUAUGGCGCUUUCAGGCCUACAUGCUAGGUUGGACAACUUAGUGGAACAACUUAUAUCAUCAUAUAAUAUAUCCGAGCAAGAUUUAGAGGAUUUUGCAUAUCACAAUGAAGCUUACCCCAAUAGUAUAAGCAGCUGUAACGUAACUCCUGAGUAUGAAAAUAAUGCCGAUGUGGGGCAUACCGACCAAACUGAUGGCUCAUUGUCGCCGCAAAGAAAUCAGUCAUUUAUUGCAGCAGUCAUUAGUGCCAUUCGAAAUGCUACAGUUCCAACUGGUAAAAAAUUCCGGUCGUUUAGUAGUAAACAGUCAGAGGCGGCUAACGGAGACGAAUCUGAUUCUACGGAAAUGCUUGAUUCUGAAACGGAACCCUGCCUCAUGAUGGACAACGUGUUAGAAGAUGUGACAAUGCCUGACUCUCAUUCGCAUAAUAUGGUUUCCUCAACAGGAAUUGCAAUUUCUCAAAUAGAACUGCCUCCCGAUUUAGUUCAUGCAGGGGACGAUUCACUUCAUAACUUGUCGCAGGCAAUUACAAAUCGCCAACAAGCUGAAUUGCAAAUAACAUCAACAGCUUUGAACGUAGUUUGUCAGUUGGGUAAAAACGUUGAGAACAGCUUGGUGGAUGAAAUAAGUUUCCAUGAAUCUGUUGCUGAAAUGCCGUCUAUUGUAGACUACUGUUCGACACAAGCACUUGUUGAUCAAGUGAUAGAGGUUGAUAACCUUAUUACAAAAUUACUGAAAGUUUUGAGACUGAUUCAAAUGGAUAACGAUCUUUGCAUUCAGCAACUAAUUGUUGAUAAAAAUAAACUUCAACAAAACAAGGAAGAUAUGUUGGAAAAACUCAAAGAUCUUCAGGAUAUGAAUAACAAGUUGCAGGACGAACUGAUGGAUGCUACACAAGAGCUAAUGAUGAAAACCGCAGAUCUUACUACUUCUAAAGCUGAUAUUCAGAGACAUAGAAAUGAAAUAGAUAGACUCAAUGAAGACAUUUGCCAGCUCAGUACAUUAUGUAGUCAAAAUAAUUCACAAUGCAAUUCUUUGGAGCAAGAGGAAACAACGGACGGUAUUUUGAGAAUGUUAAAAAACUGGAACCAAAAUGGACGUUUUGAAGAAGCAGAUCUUAAAGGUUAUCUGGAAAGCGUUUGCAUUGAGCCCCGAGAAACUUUAAAAAUUCAAAGAAACUUUCUAUCUGUUUCAUAUGAAAAACCAAUACAUGAGAUUCGUCGACAGUGUGAAUUGAUAAAUAACGCUUUAAAUGUUCUCAAUAAACUUGAGAACAUUGUUCGCGAAAAUCCAUUACUACUUCAAUUGCAGCUCGACCUUGAGAAAGUCAAUGUGGAAUCCAACAAGACUCUUUCAUUUUAUUCAUCAUCUUCACAAGAAGAUAUUAACGCUAAUGACUCAUCAGUAACUUUAGCUAAAAUUAGUUGCGAAGAUUCCACAAAUCAAACACCGGAUUAAAAAGGAACAAAAUUGGUUGGUAUAUUUUUCAAUUACAAAUUUAAAAUAGGAUGUUUAAAUUAUAAAAGACAGUAUGACGUCCAUUUUGAUUGUACCUAAUUUAAUUUAUGUUAUAUUAUUAACAUACCCAUUACUAUUAAGAAUGUCCGAUAAAGAUUAUGCUUUAGCGAAAGUAUACAAAAAUCUCAAAAAGCUUGCCAAUUGAAUUAUCAUAUAAGUCAUAAACAAUAAAUUAUAUACAAUAAACUAAGUCCGCAUUUAUUGCUUUUAGAUUUGAAAAAGUAUUUAAUAAAAGUUAAUGCUCAUUUA